AUGGCCCCGUCGCUGCCUGAAGACAUGCUCUCGCUAGAUACCAGUACGACGUCUGAGCUUUCAUCACCUAUGUCGACCACGCUUUCCUACGGCUCGCAUACGAGAGGAUAUUCCAACCCCGUUGGUCUGGGUAUUUCUGGCUGUGGCACUGAGCUUCACAUGAAUCAACUGAGCCAGUAUCCUCACUCGAGCUCUUUCGACGCGACUCCGCAAAUGCCACACCAGAUCAUGCCCGCGCACGACUGCUACAGUAUUCCCGUCAAAGUUGAAGACUAUUCCCACGAACCAUUCUACGGCCUCUAUAAUUAUGUCCCGGAAACGACCCCUUCGCCAAUGAGCUACUACGGCUCUCAUGCUAUGAGCGCAUCGCCGAGUUACAACUCGCCCAUGGAGAUGACCGCGCCCCAGGCACCAUUCUCAGUACCUGGAUCAGGCUACUGGGCUUCUGCCUCUCGUGGACCCAUGACGCCGCCAGACAUGGGCAGCAAUCCCACUAACACUAUCGCGGUCGAAUCCUGGAGCCAGCACCUCUACCCAUCUAAUGCUCCUGUCAACGCGAUGGCGCUACCAGUGUGUCCUGCUCUAUCAAUCACGCCCGAUACCUACUCUUCUACCGGGGCAAUGGAGACGAGCCCGGCGGAGAUGUCCCUUAUGACCCCUCCCAAACCUGCUCCAGCUUCGCCCAAGCCUCGGAGGAGGUCCUGUGGGGAGGACGAACCUAAAAGGAAGAGCUCAAAGACCUCCAAGCGGAAGAACAGUGGCCCGGCCACUCCCCCGAGGAGAAAACCCCGUCCGGAUGCGAAAUUCCCCUGCAAAUUCUGCGAUUUCAAAUUCACCCGGCGGUCCAAUUGUUCAGAGCAUGAAAAAAAUGCACGAUCCGAGGAAUAA